AUGGAGGGAAUGAACUCUUUAUGCCAAUACCAUGAUAAUAAAGAGAACAUUCCUCCAUUUUUCUCAAUCUCCAAAACCACAGGUAAUAAGCUUAGUGCCAAGAUGACAUUGAAGAAGAAGACCAAGAACAAGUACAGGAAACCACUUACCGACAUUACUAAUCUAAUCGCCGACUCUUUGAUCCUAUCGCCGGCGACUUCAUUUUCUUCUCCUCAUUUGCAUUCGCGUUCAAUUUGUUGGCCGACAACCGGUAAUCGCAUUUCGAUCGACGAGGCACGUUGCAAAUCUUUGAGAUUUAGCUUUAGAUGA